GUCACUCCUUUGUCUAUUCGGAACCCCUCUCCUUCUCGUCGUACUAAACAAUCUGCUCGUCCAUCUUCUUCUCUCCCUGCUAGGCCAACUAUGGCCAAAAGUGCUCCAAGCCGCAAACGGCCAGCCUCAGCAUCUCCCAUUCUAGAGGAUGAUGUUGAUGAUGAUGAUGAUGAUGUCCCUCUUAUCGUUAAGAGGAAUAAAAGCUCAGCUUCCCCUUCAAAGGCUUUGGCAUUACCAACUCCUGCUCCAUCAUCCUCUGUUGAGGCUACUUCAUCCAAACCGGUUGAUGAUGGGACCAUGCUUAAAGGUACAUCUUCAGUCCCAGAUUCUUCAUCACAACCCAUGAAUGAGCCACCUUCCUCCCAGGGCGUCGACCCCCCCAAUCAUCGAAGCAGAAGGUAA